AUGGCUGCCUUGCAAAAACGCCCUGAGAUUAUCGCGCUCUCCCGCGAGCUCAAAGGGAUACCCUUGUGCGAAGAAUACGAUCUCAUGAUCUCCGGAAUGAUGUAUAAUCCCACUGUUCCCAAAUUACUAGAAGCGCGCCACCUGUGCCGUGGAUUUGCCGCCGACUUCAACAACCUGGACACAAAGACCGUGACGUAUGACAAGAUUGGCGAGCAGCGUCUUGAGCUCCUCCGAAAAUUCAUCGGCAAAGUUGGCGAUAACACUUUCAUCGAGCCACCUUUUCUCCCCGAUUAUGGGUGCAAUGUCUCAAUCGGAAAAGAUUGCUUCUUUAACUGGAACGUUACCAUUCUAGACACAAGCCUAGUGACCAUCGGCGACCGUGUCCAAAUUGGCACCGGUGUCAGCAUCAUCACGGCUGGUCACGAUACCAGCAUACUUUCGCGUCGGAAGUUUGUUGAAUUUGGCCACCCGAUCUUCAUUGAAGAUGACUGCUGGAUCGGAAGUAAUGUCAUUAUUCUUCCUGGUGUCACGAUUGGCCAGGGUUCAACUAUUGGCGCAGGGUCUGUUGUUACCAAAGAUAUCCCGCCGUUCUCUGUCGCUGUUGGAACUCCUUGUCGAGUGAAGAAGACUAUCCAGUCGGCGGAGGAAGAGGAGAAGGACCCUAACAACCCGUACCGCACCUUGGGUAACGAGGAUCAAUAA